AUCUUAUCAGACAAGGGGUUAUCACGCACUCUAUAAUUAAACCCAUCUUAUCGAGCUAGCUGCCGUGGUCGGCACCGCGCUCGCACUCUCACCAUCCACCACUCGAGUCAGUCAGGAAAUCGCAAUGGUCAGGAGACACGACGUGCUUGCGUAUCCAUCGACGCACCUGCGACUAGGCCGAUAGGAGGAGGAUAGAAUGGCUCGAUUUCCCGGAGCUCUGCGUGCUAUAAGACCCUCGUCUUCCUGCCUCUCUCGUGCCAUCUCCAUCCCUUCCCCCGUCUCCGCCAGGGCCUGUCGCAGUAUGGCUACGGUGCAUAAGAUGGCCCAGGAGGGCUUUGGAUCCGGAACGAAUGAGCUCUACGAUCGUGCCCGGCCUUCCUACCAGCCUGCCGCGAUCUCGCACAUCCGAGAUGCUAUUGCCAGUGCUCAAUCUCUCAACGUCAUUGAGAUCGGCGCGGGCACCGGUAUCUUCACCCGUGCCUUCCUUGCACACCCGGCCUUCUCCACUUCUAUCCAGGCCCUCAGAGCAGUCGAACCCAGCGCGGGCAUGCGCGAGGUCUUCACGUCUUCGGUCAAGGACGAGCGUAUCACAGUCAGCGAAGGCACGUUCGACAGCACCGGCGCACCCGAUGCGUCCGCCGACGCGAUCAUCGUCGCGCAGGCCUUCCACUGGUGCCCCGACUACGACAAGGCGGCAAAGGAGUUCGCGAGGGUGCUCAAGCCGGGCGGCGUAGUCGCGCUCAUCUGGAACCUGGAGGAUCGCGACGGCGCAGCGUGGGUCGCCCAGCUGCGCGACCGCAUCGAGAGGCACGAGUCUGGCACGCCCCAGUUCCGCCUGAACCUCUGGCGCGCCCUCUUCUCGACGCCAUCCUACACGUCCCUCUUCCAGCCGCACGAGGAGCAGACCUGGACGUACGCCCUCCCGGGCUCGCGCGACAUCGUCAUCAACCGCGCGUUAAGCAAAAGCUACAUAGCUGUUCUGCCUCCGGACGAGAAGGAGAAGGUUGUGCAGGACAUCGACGAGAUCCUGCGCAAGGGAGAGGGCAAGAAGUGGACAGACGAGAGUCAGGGUAUCUUCGAGUAUCCUUAUGGAACCUUGGUCGUCACUUUCAGGAAGAGGUGAAAGCAAAUGCAAUGGUGGUUGCGAACACCCAUGUAACAACAGUCCUACCCAGGUAGUCAUUGUGUCAAAUCUAAAUGAUAACAUACCCCAGCGCCC